UCUUGGUCACGUGAUUCACCUGUCUGGGAGGGGUCAUACAACAAGCACAAACAGAAGUAGGAGGGCAGACUUUUAUUAUGAAGAGAUGUCUAAAGGAAAACUACUGAAACCGGUUUUUUGGAAAACAGGAUACCACCAGACGCAUACAGAUCUCAACAGGUGCAAAGUAAAAAAGCAAAAUUAAGGAAUAUAAGUGUUGACAAAAAAAGAUCAAAUCCAUUUUGGAAACGUAGAUCUUUUAUUACAAUGUGAUUAUUAAAAAAAACUAAACUAAAUCGGAUAAAUAAGGCAACCUUUAGGACUGUGGAUCAAAUACAAUGAGGAAACUGAUACUGGCUGGGUUUCUGCUUGGUUGCUUUUCAACAGGAUGCGUUGCUAUCCUGGUGAUUGUGCCUGAGACACAGCGCUACACUUCACUUUUUGCCAGCGUUAGACUAAGAUGUGACUACUCCACCUCCAGCAACCUUCAGGAUGUUUUGGUCACCUGGCGUUACAAGUCGUUUUGCAAGGACCCCAUCCUUGACUACUAUUCUGCAGGGUAUCAGGCUUCCUUGCAGUUGGGCCAGGACCCUGCCAAUGAUUGCUCGGACAGCAUGCGAGAGGUGAGGGUAGUGAUCCAGAAACGAGGAGGGAAUGAGCCUGUCCUGGGAAUCGAAUACAGGCAGCGGAAAAUCACCAUUCAAGACAAGGCUGACCUGGUGAUUAAUGAAGUGAUGUGGUGGGAUCAUGGGGUCUAUUUUUGUUCCAUUGAAGCAUCAGGCGACACCACAGGCGACUCUGAUAAGGAGAUCAAACUGGUGGUUCACAACUGGCUGGUAGUGAUCUUCAUCAUCCUGGGCAUCCUGCUUCUGAUCCUGCUGCUCGGGGUUUGCUGGUGCCAGUGCUGCCCACACCGCUGCUGCUGUUACGUGCGCUGUGCCUGCUGCCCUACCAGGUGCUGCUGCCCGGAGAAGGCUGUGAUGCGCUACAAGAUGAUAAAAGAAGCACAAAAGGCUCUUAUGCCCUGGGCUGUGGGACAACCUAUUUAUGCACCGGUGGGUUCUGGAUCUUCAGCCUACCACUCAAACCCACAGCUUAGAGACUAUUCCUUCAAGCAGAACAUCCCAAUGAUGCCGCUGCCUCCCCCGACAGUUCAACACCCUGCCAGUAACUCUGUCCUGGACUACAUUGAGAAUCAGAUGAGGACCCUGGACUCAAACCACCCAUUGCAGCAGCUGCCACCGCCGCAGCACCGCGGAGCAAACAACAUCCAGUUCCGGGGAGGCCCGCCCAGCAUUCUGUCAUCGUUGAACGACAUUGAGGUGCGGGAAAUUGACAGGCGCGUUAUCCACCUGCCGCCCAUCGUUGAGGGCCUGUCCCAUGACAACUCAUCGCAGGGCAACAGGGGUUACUAUUCAGGAAGCGAUAGGGGUGCCAGAGGGCCCCGCAACCAGGGAGGAUCCAGAUCCAGUCAGGACUCCAGCCUUCUCAACCGGCAACAGCCCCAGGACGCCAGGAGGAGGAGAGACGAUGUACAGAGCAACAGACGGAGCCCCAGGAGGGAUUUCUCCCCUCCCCGCCGGCAAGACUUGCGCAGCUACAGCGACGAGUCGGAAUACGAUGGCCACAGGAGGCCUGCCGCAGGGAGGAGGGGACGGGGUGACACUGGAGGCAGCGGUGGCAGCAGGUAUGCGGGCCAUCGGAGAUCGAGGAGCAGGGACGAUCUCUUCAAUGAACCACGGCGCCCGCAGCGCAGGGAGAGGAGCUUCUCCCCGCCAGGCAGGCGCUCCUGGAGCUCUGACGAAGACCUCAGCCGGAGGGGAGGCAACAGCAGGAGUCGCAACAGAGACCGGGAAGGAGACUGGCCGGAAAAGCCUCCUAGCUACAGCUCGGUAGAUAUCCUGCCAGGGAGAGCCAACAACCGUGCACACCGCAGCAAUGAAGUAUAUUCAGAAAGAAGUUCCCGGAGUGGAAGAAGUAUGGUGAUAUGAAGCAAGGCACCUUUUUUAGCAUUUCUGUAAAUACAGUAUUUUUUUUUUUGUUUUGUUUUGUUUUUGAACCAUUACAUUUUUUGUAUUUUUUUAUUUUUUUUAUUUCAUAUUUACUCAUAGCUUCUUCAGUGUAUUUGUAAUAAGAUGCUUAUUGUAGUGCUGUAACGGAGUAGUCGUAUUUGAUUAUUUGGAUGAAGCUCUCCACAGAUGAGGUGUCAUUGGUGUUGAUUGGCUUACUUUAGCAUUCCAAGUGAAACAAGGGAAGAAACAGCUGCUGGGGUUUGUGUGGAUUGCUGUUUUCCAGAGAGUCUAAGAAAAGCAGCAAUCAUCACAAACCUAAGCAGCUGUUACUUCACUUGUUUCACUUGGAAUGGUAAACCAGCCCUAUCAAUGCCACUGACCCUCCCAUGAUUGUCAGCACCUGGUUUCUGUAGAGAGCUCACUCCACAUAAUCCAAUAAUCAGUUGAUGCAGGACUAGCUUAUUUGUUGUUGUUCUUCUGUCCAAAUGCUGUCUGUAAAUGAAAACAUGGCCUUUUGAGAAAUACCACUAGUGACUCUGUGGACAGGACCUCAUUCCAUCUUCAUCAACCAUUUAUAAUUCCAGCCCAACUUGAUAGGAACCAGAAUGAAUGGGACCAAAGGGCAUGCUGGUGGGUCUGAGCCUAGAUCCUGGGAAUUGGAUUUCCACAUCACAAAACCGCUAAAGAUGCUGGGUAUCACCUUAUGUAUGCAUUCUAUAUAAAUAACUGCAGGGGUGUCGAAUCACAGUGCUGGAGGGCUAUUCCACUCCAGGUUUAACAGGUAAAAUGAUAUCAUUAAUUACUUCAGGGCCUGGAUGGAGGUUUAAUUAAACAAUUUAGAACAGGAUUGGAACAAGGACCAGGAGUGGGAGGGUCAACUUUGGACACCUCUGAAUAACUGGAUGGACAUAGAAGCUGCAUUCUCCAGGACAUAAUGACUUUUGGUAUUAUUUGGGAAAUGUUUUAAUAAUGCUGAAAAUAAUGUUGUUGUUUUUUAUAUCAAGCUGAGUUAAUUGGUGGUUUGAUAAAUUAUGUAAAUGUUUUCAUGGACUUUUUUUCAAUCCCAUUUUCCUUAUGCUGCGUAGUUAAUGUUGAUUACAUUUAGCUAAGAACUCUUUUUAUAACUAUUAUUAGUACCAUACUCUUCUCAGAGAGUUUAUCACAUGUACUUUUCUUCUUGUCCGUAUUCAUUUGUAUAAUUUUCAGUUUCGGUCAUCACAUCUUGGUGAGAUCUGGUUCACCACAGUGUAACCAUCAAUAAGAAAUACCAAGUGGAACAAAUGUGGAAAUUCUUACAUCCACUUUGGGCAAGAGUGUAACUGAUUACACUCUGGGGAGCCAGAUGUAUUUAGAGGUUUUUCUAUAGUGAGGACACAGGGC